GUCAGGAGUCACAAGUGCGUUGAGAUGAGCGUCGGUGAGAGAGGGACUGUGGAGUGCUUGGUACCGGGGACUCGGCGGGUGUGGCUCUGCAUCUGUAGCCGCGUCUAGUGGCAUGCGGUCCGCGUCAGACACAGCGACACCAUGUUCCCGCAGCUGAAGCGCGCGCUCCGGGAAAGAAACGCGUCUUUCCGGGGAUCCAUCCCGCCGUGGAGCGCGUGUGUAAGGACAGUGUUUUCCACUCACUUGCGUUUUAUAUGGCAUGUUCUGAUGUUUCUGACCGUACUGUGUGUGGGCCUGCAGUUACUGAGUGCGGUUCGUCAGUCUUGGAACUUCAAGACCAGACCAUCUGACCACCAUUUGAUCAAUCCUCUUCUCAUUGAACAGCGAGAUGCUCAGUCCGUCAUGGAGGACUAUAAUUCAAACCAAGCCGCCUUCCACCGUUUCCAAUGGAGCGAUGGAAAAGACAAGGGACCGAAUCAGAUUUCAGAACCUGCAAGCAAAAAUCUGGACACAACUCCAGCUCGACGUCUUGCUAGCACAUCCGGGAGGAUCUUGAUACCAAAUCAGCUAGCAAGCAAAGCAGAUAUACCACAUGACCCCAAAGGCAAAUCAGUGGUUGACCAGGAAGUCCCAAGACAAUCACAAGCCCAAAUUUUGUCACAGGACCGUUUUCAGAAAGGAUUUCCCGACCCUCGAUCAUCUGGUCAGAGAAAUGAUGUCAAACAAGCAUCAAGCUUUUUAACUAGCGACCGAAAUGGUAAAACGUGUCAACCCAAGAACCAUAUCGUCUUCCUGAAAACACACAAGACGGCCAGCAGCACCAUCCUCAACAUCCUGUAUCGCUAUGGCGACACCAACAACUUGACGUUUGCGCUGCCAGUGUACAUGCACAGCCAGCUCUUCUACCCGAGGUACUUCAUGUCGCACUUCGUCGAGGGCAUGAAGUCUCGCCGAGGGACUGAGUUCCACAUCAUGUGCAACCACAUGCGCUUCCAAGGGUCUGAGGUGAGAAAGGUCAUGCCCUUGGACACGUUUUAUUUCUCCAUCCUGCGCAAUCCAGUGUCCAUGAUGGAGUCCAUCUUCACGUACUACAAAGCAAUCCCAGCAUUCCACAAUUUCAGGACCCUCGAAGACUUUCUGCUCGACAACGGCCGUUCUUACAACGCUAGUUUGCCUAAUAAUCAUUACGCUCUUAACAUCCUGACCUUCGACUUUGGCUUCAAGAACUCAGCACUAUCGGACAAAGCAGAACUGGAUGAACGAGCCAUGGCUAUAAUUUCUGCCGUGGAGAAAGAAUUCCACCUCAUCCUGAUCUCGGAGUACUUCGAUGAGUCUAUGGUGUUGCUCAGACACGCCCUCUGCUGGCCACUGGAGGAUGUCGUGUCAUUCCGCUUGAACAGCCGAAGUGAGAAAUCGCGCAAAUCACUGAGUGCGGAAAUGAUCGAGCAGGUGAAGAAGUGGAGCUCGUUGGAUUGGCGGCUGUACCGACACUUUAACACUAGCUUCUGGAGGCGGAUAGAUACAUCGCUAGGUCGUGCUAAACUCCAAGAGGAAGUGGAGCUUCUCAGAGCUAGAAGGGCAGUACUGGAGAAAACCUGCCUUUUAGGGGGCAAAGCUGUGGAUCCAGAUCAGGUACAUGAUUUGUCAGUGAAGCCAUUCCAGUAUGGCCAAGCAGUUAUCCAGGGAUAUAACAUCCGCCCGGGAUUGGACAACGACACGCACCGUCUUUGUCAGAGGCUCAUCACACCCGAGCUGCAGUACACCAGGGCUUUGUACAUUAAACAGUUCCCUGAUAUCGCUGCUAAAAUUGCAGCUGCUAAAAUUGCGGCAGGAAACAAGCGCUCAACCACUGCCAAACACGUCAUAAACGCUAAGAGAAACAGCCCCAGCGCGACUGCUGCUCUGAAGCGCAACUCAACCGUACAAAGCAGGACAGAUUCUGUUCGAAACAACAGCAACUCACAAACUGGCACACUUGAUAAGGUGCAAAAAGAUAAUACAGUUACAUUAGCCAAAGACAAUAUGGUUGUUAAAGGUAAUGCUAACUCGACUAAAGCAAAGCAACACAAAACAUGAAGACAAAUGAACCUGAACCUGAUAAUAAACAGUGAAUUAUGCUAAAUGUGCCUUAGCCUUUGCUGCUGCGCACAUUAGUGACCUCUUGAUGUUGUGGAUAAGAUAUUAAUUCGUUAAAGAUCUUAAAUACAGUGGUCAGAAAAAAAAUACAAAUGAAUUUUCAAAUGCUAUUUACACAAAACUGAUCAGUUGUUGGUUCUUUUACUUUUGAUUAGCUUUGCUAGAUCCUUUUUUGGUCUUAAAGUCAUGGGUACUUUGUUAGUUAGGGGGAAUAUUUGUAAAUAUUUCACUGUUUUUCAGACAAAAUUAUUAUUAUUAUUAUUAUUAUGCUAAUGUGAACUGGCCCUAAUUCUGUAUGAAUACUCACAGUAUAUCAUUACUGUUUUUCAAAUCCUUAAAACUGGAAUACAAGUAUAAGAAAACGGUUAUUUUUACUGUGAGAUGGUAAAUACGGGUGUUUGUCCUCUGAAUGAGAUGGAUCAGACUAAAUAUCACAAUCUAAAUGCUGAUUUUUCUGACAAUUUUUCAGUUUUCUCUUGAAAGAGGAAUAAGUAUACAAGAUUAUGUAUACAAAAAUACAUGUAAAUAAUUCAGUGGUGAGUUUUCACUUAAAAAUCGCCAUUUAGAAAACAGUGAAACACUUCAGUGUUUUUUUUCCCUGUUUUGAGAUUGUAUAAAUAAGGUUUGUAAAUGUACUUAAUAUGAAAUUCAUACAGCUGAUAUAAACAGUCUACACACUCCUGUUACAAUGGCAGGUUUUUGUGAUGUAAAAAAAAAAAAUUAAACCAAGAUAAAUCAAGAUAAAAAUGUCAGAACUUUUUCCACCCUCAGUGUGAAAUUACAAUGUAUACAAAAUAAGUGAACAACAAUCAGAAACAUUUUAGGGAAAAAUAGAAAAAAAAAUGCAAUAAUCUUGUUGCAUAAGUGUAUACACCCUUUUAAAAUUGGGGGUGUGGCUGUGUUCAGAAUGAACCAAUCACAUUCAACCUCAUGUUCAAAAGUAAUUAUCAUACAGCUGUCAUCAAUUAAAUUAUUCUGAUUAACCUUUCAGCAACUGGGUUAUUGUAAGUUUUUUAUUUUUCCUAUUUUUGCCUAAAAUGUUUCUGAUUGUUUUUCGCUUAAUUUUUAUACGUUGUAAUUUCACACUGAAGGUGGAAAAGGUUCUGACAUGAUAUAUCUUGGUUUAUUUAUUUAUUUAUUUUUAAAAAAUUUUUUACAUCACAAAAACCUGCCAUUUUAACAGGGGUGUGUAGACUUUUUAUAUCCGCUGUACAGUAUUUGUGAAAAAGAACUACAAAAAUGUGAGGGGGGAAAAAAAUCAAAAUGAUUGCAAGAAGGUACGAGUGUCACUGAUUUAGAAUUUAUUUAUGCAUUAGUAAUUAUUAAUUUGUGCUCAACACUACAGUGCUUUUAAAAUUUCUUUAAAACCCAAAAGGUUUCUAGUUCUAUUGUUCUCCUGUUCUAUUGUUCUCUUUAAAAUUUAGUUUAUGAGCAUUUAUAAAUUAUGAGCAAUCUAUACAUUGGGCCUCGUUUAUGAAUCUUUUAGUAAAGUUGUGUGUAAGUGUUUUCAUUUGGCAAACCGAACUCAAAAUUCACACCAAAUUUACAGUAGUUUUGUCAACAAUUAUCAUUCUCACGUGAGUAUGCUGAUAAACGCCAAUCAGCCAUAAAUUACCAAGCGCAUUCACAGCACAGCUGAUUUACAUUUAGCCAUGCCCACAAAACUCCAUAAAAGGCAAAGCUUACAGAGUUGACAACGACAAAAUGGCAAAUAAACAUUGUAAACAUUGGAAGCUAAAUCUUCCAGUAAUGCAGCUCAGCCACUGCAGCUCAUCAGGUACACGCUAACACUUCCUUUUUUUAUGGGGUGCCAUUACUUUUGUUCUCUUAAUUUACAGAUUUGCUUUGGAACCCCUUCUUUCAAGCCAUUAAUACGAGAUAACGAUACGAAAUUGCUGUGUAUUUGAAAAAAAUAAGUGAUUUAAACUCAACAGCGUAAUCUCUAAAUAAAAUCGCAGUAACAUAUCAACAAUUGUACGAUUUGAAGCCAAUUAUUUGAGGCUCACAUUACUAAUAUGUAAAUUUACACAAACUCGCAAGCUCUUGUGGGAUACGAAUUCUUUUCCUAAACUAAGAGGAUUUUCUUGAACACUACAUUUCUUGUGUAAACACUCUUACGUUCGAUUUACGAAUAAAUUUGUUUGUAUUUAUAAAUGAGGUCCAAUGUCCGUGAAAAUGGCAUUACUAAGCCUUAUGCUUUUGUAACUCCAUUUUGCGCUGGUGGGAAUGGAAAUAGGAAACGAAGGUGAUGGAAUGACACUAAAAUCUUUUCAUAUUACUCUCUUUUAGAUUAAAUUAUGUUCAGGUGAUUGCUGAUGCCUAUGUCACAAAGAUCACGUCUCUGCAGAAUAAAUAUAUAUUUUUAAAACAACUGUUCCAGUUUUUCCAGAGGAAAUGUAUAAAAGUAGUAUUAGAGAAAUUGGUGCAAAUAUUUUUUGUAUUGUUCCACUUUUAGUAACAGAUUAAAACGGGUCAUUCUAAAACAAAUGGCACAUAAGGGCUAAUUGGAUUUCCAAAUUUGGCAAACCCUUCAGCUAACUUUAGAAUGCUGAAUACUUAUGGGAUGAGAGAUAUGAUUUGUGUCAGAAGUAUUCAUAAUUAUAAUUUGAAAGAAACUGAAAAGGAAAAAAAAAUCAAUUUAGAAAGGCUCAAGACUUUUUAAAUUAGCUUGCAUUCAAUUAGCUUAGUUCGAUCUUGUGCCUUUGUUAAAGUGUUCUCUACUUCCUGUUCACUUGUAAGGAACUAUUUUUGCUAAACCUUCUGUGUAUUGUUUAUUGAAAUUGAAUUAUUAGCACAAGUAGAAUUUCUGGGGCAAAUAAACUACAAUCGCAGUGAGUGGAAAUGUUAAUCGAGACGCUGUGUCAAUGAAGCUUAUCAGACAGACUCUGAAGCUAACCAGCGCAAAUUUCAUUCAUCUGGAGCGUCUCGCUCUGACCACCACCUUGCUUUUGACUACAUUUAACCCUGAACAAACCAAAACACUCACAUUCUCACUGCAAAUACAGCUAGCUAACAUUAGCGAAGGAUGCUAUCAGUGAUAACGGUGUUGCUAACUCUUUCACUUGUGCAAUUUUGCAAAGCAAUGAAUGAAAAUGAACUGAAAUGCAGUAAAUAUAAAACACUAACAUCAACGCUAACAUCCGGUAAUGUUACCUUAGCCAUAUAGCUGUGAAAGAAUUCUUCCAUAGUAAAUUUAUAGCCUUUAUUCAGUGCUGAAUUCUUCAAAAGUUCUCAAACAAUUUAUUAACAAAAGUUUAGUCUUUGCACCGUUAGCAAAGAUGAGGUGAAAAAUCUUUCCAUUGCGAGUGAAGGUGAUAUUAGCGCCAGUGUUUCUGUGGUAAACAUCAGCUAUAAGGUUACAGCUAGCGGUGGUGUUGUCAGGAUUCGAACUCUCGAUCUCCUGAUAAUAAGGUGAAUGCCCUUCUUUUGUGCCACUCAGAUGUGCUAUUGUUAUGUUUUUUUGCCUUCUAAAUCAGCUGCUAGCUCUAGCUAACUAGCAUAUGCACAGACAGUAAGUGUAGGUUGGUUUAAAUUUCUCACAAUCAUAACGGAAGACUGCAGCUGCACAAGCGAAAAAGUAAUUUUUGAGCAAACAAUGAGGGAACACGCGAAGACCGUUUCUGAUUAGCGAAACAAAAACACAAAGAAUGUCUCUUUAUUUAGUCGAGUGUUUCGAUUUUUAGGUUCAAUUAACUUUAUUUGAUUCACACCUCACUUUUGACACAAAUCUGCCACUAGCGUCUCAAGCACAUAAAGCUCUAGUGUAACCUCAGUUUUCUUUGAAAAAAAAUUACAAAUUCGUGUGAAUUUCAAAUGUAGCUUUUUUAAAGAUCGAUAGUUUUUUUGACUUAGACUCAAAUCAUGCUUUGUGUAAAUUGUGUAAUAUUUCUUCCAUGUUUUAUUUUAGUGUAACAAAUGUCACCUUCAGAACAAAAACAGUUAAAUUUAGCAAUACUGUCUCGAUGCUACCUUUUUAGCAGUCUUUUCUUCAAGUUUGGGAUCAAAUUCUGCUUUUACUUUCAAAGGAAAGUUUUGCCAGUGAAGCAAAUUAUCCUUUUCGAUUCCACUUUCAAAUAUAAUUACUUGAACAAGACGUGGUGUGCAUCCAAAUCUUACUUCUUUAGUUUUAUAUUUGGAGAUCCAACGCUAGUAAUGGAGGUUUAUUAGCAUUGUGCUAACUGUAUACCAAAACAUGUGGUGUCUGACUUUUAUGUAUGUAGAAAGUUUAACUAUCAAUUUAUUCUGUAGUGUAAUGAUUUCAACAUGCAGUUAGCAUGAUGCUAAAUGAUACCAUGACUUGUCAGCUAUGUUAAUCUCAUAGUUUUAGUGCUAAAGCUAAAGAAAUGACAUUUGGAAACUAAAUAUGCCUUACUGAGUACAUUUGAGGUAAGUGGAAUUUUUCGUUCCACUUGAAAGAAAAUAUUUUAACAAGUAAAAUUGUUUAAAAAUGCUGCUUAAUUUUCCUAGAAAGUGCAUGAGGCUGGUGGAUGAUUUAAAUUUUGUGAUAAAUUUUGCAUUUUAUCACUGAAGAGUUAGCAAGUUAGCAAAAUGUAUCAAAAUUUUUUCAAAAAUUUCUUGUCUGCAAAAUUCUCAAGUGUAAUUUUCUUAGAAAGAAUGAGCUGGUGGACAAAUUCAAUUUUGUGAUACAUUUUGCUAACUUGCUAACUUUUGGACUUCAGUGAUGAAAUGCAAAAUUUAUUGCAAAAUUUAUCACAAAAUUUAAGUGAAAAUCAAGCAGCAUUUUUAUUUUAUCAGUGAACUACAAAGUUAACAAGUUGGCAAAAUUUACAAAGUUGGCAAAAUUUCAACCUAGAAUUUUGUUUGUUUGUUUGUUUGGGGCAAAAUUUCUUAAAUGCUUAAUGUAAAAUAUAAAAAAGAUAUUAAAAAAAUGUAAAUUAUGGUAACUGUCAGAGCAGACUGGUUCUGUAUUCUGUAUUUAAAUUUGUCAAUUUAUUUGUCGCUUUAAUUAUUACAUAUUUAUGUACGUCUUUCUGAAUCAUGUUCAUGUCAAAAUUUUGAUUUCUUUUUUACUGUAUAUUUUGUUUUACAGUAAAUUGUCGUUUUCAGGUUUCAGUUUUCGAAUCAUUUUGAGUUUCACUUUGUCAGUGUACUUAUACACGGGUGGACGGUGUAAUAAAAAAAAAAAACUCAGAUGCAAGUCGAUAUACAAUCGACUGCAUUUCUUUAUUCACAGUGUGUGCGUCUGUGCAGCGUGUUUAUCCUCAACUUUAUCAGAGUUAAAACAGCUCGACAGCAGUGAAGUCAAAACAUCUGGUGCUAGCGAGAAAAGUCUUCUGUCAGAGUUUAUAGCAGCUCAGAUCCACAUUCAUAAAUACAUUUAUAAAUCUGUCUUGGGCUUGGGGGGAGGAUCUAAUGCACCUAUUACAGUAUUUAUGUAAUUACAACAGGCGUCAUUUUUCAAACUGGAUACAAACAAAUUUAGCCAUAAAUCAUUUGCAAGAACGUUUAUACAUGAAAUGUGGUAUUCAUGAUAAUCUAGUUCGUUCAGAAAAAAAAAAAAAAAACGCUUCCUGCAUUUUGCUCCAGAGUUUGUCUAAAUUUAUGUACACGUAGACUCACUAAUAUGUACCUUGAUUCAUUGCCUUCAAAUUGUAUAAUUGGUGACGAGUUACUCCGAUUUUAUCAACAAGUCAAAUAAGACUAGCCAUUCAAUUACGACAAAACUACUGGCGAACUGUAAAAGGAGAACGAGGAGAAGGAGAAUGUGUGUCUAUGUAGCCUAGACAUUGUGAUGGCUGAGCAGUAGCACUGGAAGAUUUAGCGCAUGCCACACUUUUACCGUUUAGUCGCCAUUUUCAGCUCUCUGUAAGCUUUGCCAUUUAUGGAGGUUCAUGGGUGUGGCUAAUCAGUUGUGUUGUGAUUCCACUCGGUCAUUUAUGGCUUGCCAUUUAUGAACAAACACAUGAAUAGGAAUAGAAUGAGUGAAACUUUUGUAAAUCUGGUGGCAAUCUUUAGUUCGGUUUGGCUUAUGAAAUCAUGUUCAUACAACUUACACAGAACUACUAAAAAAUUAAAUAAAUGAAGUUUUAUCGGUGUUCCUAUCAACCGCACUUCUGAAGAGUUGCAACAAGAUGAUAUCAUCAAAUAAGCGCCAGACAAACACACAGCUGGUGUGGUUGAAAAGAAAUAACUCGCAAGGGGAAAUACUC